AACGGGGAGCGGCGGUCAAUGGUGGCAUUAUUAGAUGACAUAUAAAUACCUAGCCCCGUCCGCCUACUUACCAUUUGGACAUCGCCACCGAGCAGCAGCCAUGGGUCUCAGUGUCUUUGGGAAGGUCAUCAUUCUGGCGAUCUGUGUGGUCGCGUCAUGGCAGGAGGAAACGGCCGUGGAAUUCAAGAGCUGCGAAAGCGCAUGCAGGCAGAAGCCAAUGGAUGUUACCUUCGUCAUCGACGCUUCGUCCAGUAUCUGGCCAGACAACUUUACCAUGGGACUGUGGUUCGUAGAAGAUUUUGUUGAUAUUUUCCAAGUCCAACCCGAUAUGGUGCGGGUGGCUGUCGUCUCCUAUGGCGACAGGGUAUACACAGAAGAUGCUUUUAGUUUUGAUAAAUACACCAAUAAUGUGGACCUGAAAAAAGCGAUCACUAACAUCCCGUACAGAGCUGGUCUGGCUACUGAGACUGGGGCCGGCAUCAAGUACAUGAGGGAAACUUUCCUUCCACAAGCUCGCCAAGACUUGAGAAAGGUUUGCAUCGUCCUGACCGACGGCAACUCCCAGAAACCCGUGGUAACGGAGACUGAGGCUCGUAUCACCAGAGAAGCCGGGGUGGAGAUGUUUGUUGUCGGGGUCGGCCAUUCCGUGACAGAGGAGGAGCUGAGGAACAUCGCCGGCGUGGAUGAACACGUGUUUGUCGUUACCAGCUACAACCUCCUCGGUACCAUUAGGUCCAGGCUCGCCUUUGAGACAUGCGAUGAAAACCCACCGGAGCCACCAGUAGUGUGCCGUGACAACCCCAUCGAUAUCUCCUUCGUCAUUGACGCUUCGUCAAGUAUUGGCGACAAAAACUUCACCCUUGGGAUGGACUUCAUCAAGAACUUCGUCACUACCUUCGAGGUUUCACCCCAGCGAGCAAGGUUCUCUGUCAUCACCUACGGUCGUGGCACCUAUGACAACACUGCCUUCGAUCUCGACGCUUACAACGACGAGGUUGGCGUCGUGGACGCCAUCACAAGCAUCCCCUACACCGCUGGCGACUACACCGACACAGGUCUAGGCAUUGAGUUCAUGCGGGAGAAACAGAUGCUGCCCAAACAACGUGCCCAUGCAGUUCACAUCGCCAUCGUGAUGACCGACGGGCAGUCUCAGGACUGGGAGAAGACUCAGAAGGAAGCGGCCAAGGCUAGAGACGCUGGUAUCAGCAUGUUCGCCAUUGGCGUUGGCCUGAACCUAUCCCAGAAGGAGCUUCUAGGUAUUGCUGGUGACCAGGACCGGGUGUUUACAGUAGCUGACUACAAGGCGUUAGACACAAUCAGACAGGAUCUGGACGACAAGACAUGUACAAUUGCAAGUGUGAAGUUCCACCCGAGCGGUGUCUAGGAACAGAUGGAUGUUUUGUGCAAACUAGAAGACAGAGUGUAUUCUUUUCAUCAUCAAUAAACACGACAGUGGUAGCACGUUUAA